CGUAAUAUCGACCCUGGCACGCCGAAGCUUUGCCGGCGUCUGAUGUCGUCGCGUUAGAUCUGCUCGAUCAGUUCUUGCUGUUCGCGGUCAACUGGGCAUCCUCUCCACGUUAGAUGCUAGCCAGGGUCAAUUGGGACGUCGAAGACAAUUCAAGCAUGGACUCUAUGCCCCCUCCUCCACCCCAUCCGUACUCGGGGUUCGUCCCUCAAGCUUCGUCGUCGACAGGAUCACUGCGGUUACCGCACGAUAUGGCGAAUCGGAACAGGAGUAAUACGGUCGCUUCCCUUUCUAGAGGUUCUUCGCCAGUGCCCAUCAACGCUGCGUUGCCAUUCAAUCGAGGUCCCGCACCUGGAGAGUUGUUUCAUCCCCCUGAUCUCACGCCUAGACGAGAAGGCUGGCAAGGCAUACAAUCGCAACAGCAGCACAAUCACUCUCAGUCGUCAGGUGCAUGGGUCCCUCCGGCACCUCUGCGUAUCAUUGAUUCGCCUAGCAAAGAGUACAUGAGCCGCUCUGGCUCGAUGGAUGUCAAUGCCAUGCGCAAAAUGUCGGAAGACGUCCACGACAGGUCGAUCAGUCGGGAAGGUCAACCUCGUCGGACACCUAACGGUCAUUCCGAUGGCUCAAGGUUAGGCCAUAGUCAUCACGCUCAGUCUCCGGAGCAUCGCCAUCAAAAGUCUUCCACGAGCUCUGGUAGCUCGCCAGCUCCAAUCGUUGGGAUCGCAAAACAUAUAGUGGCCGAAUCGGAACAUAGCAAGGAUGGAGGAGAUACUCUGGACCUAAGCAGGCGGGGUAUCAAGUUGAUCGAAGCGGACGACGUGGUGAUGCUUCGCACAGCAGUUGGUAAAGAUCGACUCGGCGUCUGGCGAUUGGCGCUCUCAUACAAUCGCUUGACAGCCAAAUCUUUCGAUCCUACUUUCAACACGCUCACUCGACUGCGUUAUCUGAACCUUAAGGGCAACCGACUGGCUACGAUACCGCAAGUGCUGUUGGAGUUGCCCUCCUUGGAAAUUCUAGACGUCAGCAAGAACGAGCUAGUGACUUUGCCGGACGACCCUGGCAGAUUGGUCCAGCUGCGGGUCAUGGCCCUAUCCCAUAACAAGUUGCGCAAGUUGCCAGGAUACCUCGUGCACUUCGCCAACCUGAAAGUACUGGUCGUCGACCACAACCCUAUCGAAUGGCCUCCUCCUGAGGUUCUGGAGCACAAGCCGGAGCCGAUCGACUUGCGGGGAGGUACCAAGGGAAGUACUGACAGCACGAGCCACAAAAAGGACGAUCAGCUCUGGAUUGCUUCUAUCAAGGACUGGAUGAGGACGCAUGAGCAAGAGCAAGUCCGACUGGCAGCUGAGAGUUUGCGCAACAUGGGGGAAAGUGAACCCCCUACAUCGCCGUCCGCACAGCAUUCGCGAUCGAAGCAGUCGCUUUCUUCGAUUCCUGACGAAGGCGAACCUUCUUCCUUGCCUUGGUUGAUUAGAAGAACAGGGUCAAACGACUCCAGAGGCUCUACCAACGGGCCACUCUCACCCCCUCCAGCAAUACGAUCCGAGCCUCAUCUCGGGUCUACCAAGAGAAGACGAGCCAAUACUACAAGGUCAGAGGUUGACUCAGCCGGCACACCACUUUCGAGCGAGGAUCCGUCUCCUUCGAUGUCGCCCGUGUCGAUCGAUCCGAAAGCGGAAGGAUUGGUUACUCUGGCUCGAAAUGUCUCCAGCAGCUCGACCCUCAAAGACGGAAAAUACGGUCCUGGCCAUGCUCGUGGAUCCAGCUAUACUGCUUCUCAGCGGUCGAGCACCAAUUUAUCGACGAAAAAGUCGCUGCCAGACUUGCGUCUAAGUCAUGCUCAAAUCCUGGCGGACCGAAGAUCCCUCGAGAUGGAUUCCAAUCGAGAUUCUCUGACCCCAACUCGCGCGGUGAAUAUUGACCCGCUUAGUCAGGCAGGAGAUCUGGCAAGAACACCUCAGAAAACGCCUUUCGAAGACGAUGUCCAGAAAGGCGAAGCCAAGCAUAUCGCCUUUUUUGAAGUAACUCCCAAAAAGGCUAUUGUCGACAAGGAGAAUGCGGCAGAGGAGCGUAACAUCGGGGACUCGCGCAAUUCCUACUUCAAGCGACUCUCCACUUUGCCUGCCUCAAGCAUGUCCAAGGCUAUACCCGCGGCUUUACUCGCUAGUAUUGAUGCCAUCCGGGGGCUUCUAUUUGCCAUGUCGCAAGUCCAUACGUCGCUGCAGCAAUACCUAACUUUUGCUGCGGACGACCGGGUGGCUAGCGUCUUUGCCAGAGUGCUAGACCCGGCUGCAGGGUAUCUUAAUGACCUCAUUGGAUCACUCGACCGCUUUGAUCUGGUAUCGCAGCGCAGAACGCCGCACGCCUCCAUCAUUCGACCGGUCAUUGAGAGCUGCCGCGAUAGCAUCGCCGUUUUCGCCAAAGUGAUGGGGGUACUGAAAUUGCAGGUCGCAGCGCUGAGAUCGUCAGCGGAUCUUCGGUAUACCAAAACUCUGUUCCUUAUGGUCUACGGAUCAUUUGGAGAGAUAGUGGCAUCCUGGCAGGCCUUGGGGCCGCUGUUGGAGGAGAUCAAGCCUUUGCUCCGAGAGACGUCUAAAGAAGGGCGACACCGGCCGGGAGCUUCCUACAGCAGCUCGUUGAGGACGCCAAUCUCGCCGAUACCAGAGCGGGGAGAGUCACAAUCGCCUUCGUCGUAUGCCGUGAAGGCAAAGCUCGCCAUGUCUCCGGUCACCGCUACCAUAGACCUUGUGGCUAAAGGUUCGCCCAUUCGGCCGAUGGGCAAUGGUCGAGAAAAGUCUCGGCGACACGCGGGAUCCUUUUCGGCCGAAGACGUGCAGACUGGCAUGAUGUUAGGACCAGACGGACUGGUGUCGGCCGCGUCUUCGGAUUCGGGGUCUCGAGACAUGCCAAUGAUCCCUCGAAAAGCCUCGCAUCUGCGACAGGAAUCGACUGCCAGUCAAGUGAUACUCGAGGCUGAUGAGGAGGACGACCAGGAUGACGCAUCCGUAUCCAUGCCUCCGAUCAAGAAUCCUUCGAGGGAAGGCAGCUUCGCAAGGCAUGGACCGUCCUCAUCGGCUGGAUCUAUGAAAUCGUUUGGUGCGAUUCGCAGCCAUCUCCGCCGAGAAGGCCAUCUCGAUGGGACUCCCCCUACUCCACGCAGUGCGGCGACUGUGGUAGAUGAAGGCGUACUGGAUACGCUGGAACAAGCCUCGGAUAUUGCGUAUACCGUUUGGCUCCGCCUGUCGGAAGAGCUACGCGAUCCACACGAUCAAGCUUCCACACCCGGCCGGCUUGGUCUGGCCAAACUUAAUACUUCUACCAGCUCGCCUGGCCACGGUGGAUCAUCCCCUCUGCCGCGAUCGGAACGUGUCAUCGAGCUCUUGGCGAGGAUCGCGAUGGCUGAGGAGACAACGCGGCAUCUUCAUGAAUCGCUGAUGGAGGUACGGGCAGGCGCACACUCUGGAAGCUAUGCGUAUGGCUCGGGACCGGUCCCCGGGAUCGCCGAGGUACGACUACCGCACAACGCUCAAAGCUUUAUCAAAGCCGUGGUCAAGGUCUCAGAGCUUGCCAUACUUGUCAGCAAAGAGAGGCCCUUACCCAUAAGCGUGAGGAGCCUCUUGGCCAAGUUGACGAGCAAGACUAGGGAAUGUGGCAUCCUGUUACAGGUCUCGACGCUCAAGCCAGUCUCCGCCGGAGGUAACAACGGGUUGCCCAGCGCUGGUCCUCCCAGUUCUGGGUUCCGACCCUACUCUCCAGCGUUUGGUCUAUGAUCUUCUCAUGAAGGAAAUCAUUUCACGACGAAUGUCCGCAAGACACGAAUUACGAUGACGGCGACGCCCACCUG